AUUUGGAUUGGAUUGACAAUGGGCCCAUAAUGGGCUGAAUGAACUGGACUCAUAGCGUGCUCUCUCUCUCUCUCUCUCUCUCACACACACACGCACACACACAGAAGCUCUAACAAUGGAGGAAGAAAAGGCCGCAGAGUACUACAACGAGCUCGUACGCAAAGGCGAAGGAGCCGCCAGGUUCAAACAAGGCCUUGGCUUCUCUUCCACCACCACCAAACACAACGUCGUUCCCGCGCGAGGCUCGGCUCUCCCUUCGUCGUCGGCUUCUUCGUUCCUCAGCAGCUUCGUCAAGGCUUCAAGCCCCACCAAGGCGUCCGAGUUCGAGAAGCAAGCUCAACUCCAAACCAUCCAAAACAAGCUCAAGAAGAAGCCACAAAGCACAUCUCAAGCACACCAAUCUUCUAGGGUUUCGACAUAUCGGAGCCCAGAGGAGCGUGGCUCCAGGCAUCGGCAUCGAUCGUCGAGCAGAGAUAGGGAUAUAGAGAGAGAAAGGGAUAGAGAGAGAAGCAGGAGGAGGAGGAGGAGGAGCAGGUCUCGGAGUGUUUCGGAUGAAGACAGACGGCGGCGAAGAGAUCGGAGAUUGGAGAAGAGUGGAGGUGACAAAGGUUUGAGCAAGGUUGGAAAGGAGAGGAAUGGGGCAAUUGAUUAUUCGAAGUUGAUUGAGGGUUUUGACACAAUGUCAUCGGCUGAGAGAGUCAAAGCCAAGAUGAAACUUCAGCUUUCUGAAACUGCUGAAAAGGAUGCAACAAAUAGCAUGGGGUCAGGAUGGGAACGGUUUGAGUUCAACAAAGAUGCCCCACUUGAUGAUGAGGAAAUUGAAGCUGUGGAAGAUGAUGCAGAGUUGGUCAAGCACAUCGGCCAAAGCUUUCGGUUUUCUGCAGUGGAGACAAGAAGGGAAGAUCAAAUCAAGGCUGCUCACGACGAGGCCAUGUUUGGAGCCUCAUCUAUUCCCCUGAAUGUUAAUACUGAAAAUGAAGUAGAACAGGAGGACAACAAAAUUGAGAGUAAAGAAAGUGCUCCUGCUACAACUCUCUUAAGUGACACGGUAAUUGCAAGGCAACAAGGUUCUUGGCGUGACCGUGCUCGUAAAGUAUAGGACAGAUUAAUGAAACUGAGGUCAUAAUAUGUGACUGAAGGAGCUGACAUGGUUAGCUAGUCUGUUGGCACACAACCAAGCAUGUCCAAUUCAUAUUCAUUUUGUUCAAAAUGCAAAUGAGAAUGAGAAUAUGCAGAAAUGUUAGUUGGUCUCCAAUGCAGAGAUGAUUUUGGAUUCACCAUGGUAGAUUAAUAUGAACACAUCAAUGUAUUAUGUUUCAGAACGAAGGUAGUCCGAAGACCUAGAUUCUUGCUUACCAAAAUAGAUUGGCUCAACUCUGAAGCAGCUGCUACUUCAUUGUAAAGCUUGUUGGUUUGCAUUGUUGUGACUCUACCCUGCUUGAAUGUAGAUUUUCACUCUUUGUAUAAAGUAUUUUAACUUUUUUGGGUGAAAAAGUAUUUUGACUUUCA